UAAGGCGCGCGAGUGGCGACGGAUUGCUUCGGUGGAUCGGUUUGUUUAAGAUUCCUUUUUUUUUGCUGCCGCCGUUCCCUCGAAAAUGUGUACACUUCUACCAGCAACGCCCCGUCAAAUCGCCGGAGAAGUUGGUGCCGCUCGCAUUCAUCAUCAUCGUCAUGUGCGUUAGAUGAUUGGGCAGCGAUAGUGAUAAGAAAUUGGAACGGUGAUCGUACACAAAGAUUCGUGGCUGUGCACCGCGGCUGGCUGUGGUGGUGAGACGGUGGCCACUAGACACAAAUAUUUGAUCUGCCGGCGACGGAAAGAGACGGAGCGACACGCCGGGUGACCAUGUGGCCAGCGGGGCCCGUUUCGAACCGGAGGUUCUAGUGCAGCGAAGGACAUUGUGACAGAAAGGUAUUUAGCAGAAAUCAAGCGAAAGUGCAAACCAUCGAUCCGCUCUGGUCCGCUGUGUGGUUCACGGGCGAUCAAGGACCCCGACGCGGACAGAACGGGGCGCAACGUCGACGAUGAGCGUGUUUAGCUACCGUCUGAUUGUGCUGACCGUGGUGUACUUUGCCUGCCUCAAGGUUGGCCAAAUAUUGCUGCAAAAACUGGCCACUGUCAACGAUGGCGAUGGCGUGUAAUGGAACGCGCCGGUAGCACCGGAAACAGAACCGCAAACACUCUCUCUCGCGCACACGCAAACUCACGUAUUCGUGGGUCCAAGAACGGGGCAGUGAAAAAGUGCACAGAACACCGGAUCGGAAUCGGAAUCUUCCGCACACUUCAGAGUCUCGCCCAUCAUCAUCACCAGCAUGACUGAAACGAUCAACGGGACGCUACCGAGUUUCGGGUUCGACGAUGGCCACUGGAGCAACGGCUCUUCCGGUUCCGACGGGCUCACGUCCUCGUCGGCCGAAACGGACAGUAACUUUCCGGACGAAACUAGCAGGUUCUCCCGGGCAUUACUCACGUUCGCAGCGACAGCAACCAUACUCAUCAUGAUAACGGGGAUCGCCGGAAAUCUGCUCACCAUUCUGGCCCUUCUCAAAUGUCCCAAGGUGCGGAACGUAGCGGCUGCCUUUAUCAUCAGCUUGUGCGUCGCGGACUGUCUGUUCUGUCUGGUGGUGCUGCCGUUCAACGCGAUACGUUUCAUCCAGGGCACCUGGAGUCUUGGCGAGACACUCUGCACAUUGGUAACGUUUAUGCAGUACGGCAGCGUUGGGGUGUCGCUGCUGUGCAUCACGAUGAUCACCAUUAAUCGCUACAUCAUGAUAGCGCACUACAACAUCUACUCCAAGGUGUACAAAACAACCUGGAUCAUGGUGAUGAUCUCCGUCUGUUGGCUGUUUUCCUACGGCUUCCAGAUUCCAACGUUGCUCGGUGUCUGGGGUAAAUUCGGCUACAACCACCAGCUCGGCACGUGCUCCAUCCUGCCGGACGACGAAGGACGCAGCAGCAAAACGGCAAUGUUUAUCAUCGCCUUUCUCAUUCCGUGCAUCAUCAUCGUGAUAUGCUACGGCCGCAUCUUCUGGGUCGUUCAUAAAUCCGAGAAGCGAAUGAAGAACCAUUCCAAAUCGCAGUGCAACAUUCCGAACAAUCUCCGGUCGGCUGAUCCGGCCGCCCCACUGUCGGCCGGCUCCGGAGGAAGUUCCAGCUCGGCCAACAACAACUCGAUCAGCUACACGGCCGCCUCGUCGGCGGUAAAGGUGGGCGGGACGACGACGGCCAGCGACAAUCGGGACGCCAAAGCGAAGCGCAACGAAUGGCGCAUCACGAAGAUGGUUCUGGCGAUCUUUCUGUCAUUCGUCAUGUGCUACCUGCCGAUAACGAUAUCGAAAAUCGUCGAUAAGAACGUCUCGAUACCGGUGCUUCACAUAAUCGGAUACAUGAUGCUCUACCUGUCCGCUUGCAUCAACCCCAUCAUCUACGUCAUCAUGAACAAGCAGUACCGGCAGGCGUACAAAACCGUGCUUUUCUGCAGGACUCCCCGGCUGCUGGCUUUCACGCACGGUGGCAGCAGCGUCGGAGAAAUGGAAAGACAUAGGGUACAGCUACAACCACAGUCGUACCAUGGUGUCCCAAGUUUCAAUAGUCGAAUCGGAGUCGCAGGACCUCCCAGCUUCCCGGCAGCGCCAAGCAGACUAGCGGCCAUCAAGAAAGAAAGAAGGUACCAAAAACAAACGCCAAAGCGCGGACCAUCAACACACUGCUGACGAUUGUUGGGCCCCGACGACGAUUGGAUGCGAUCGCGAACUUCUCCUCAUCUCUACAGGUGGCCAUACAACAAUACGCACGCAUCACAACAAUGUCGCGUUCUCUAGCGAUAUUCGACACUAGAGUUGUGUUUUUUUUUAUCUAAGACUCAUAUUUAAGGACCCCGAAACGAUGCCAAAACAGAGGUGAAAGCUAUCGGCGAUAAGCGACCGAUAGUCAGCGGCGAAGGGCGUAAACCGAAGGAUUAGGAAUUAAAUCCAAAGAAUUUCCAUAAGGACAGUAACACACACGACGGUGUGUUCCGUGCCCUUUUCACCGUUCGUGGGUAGGACUAAGUUAUUAAAUUUAAGUUCUUUCAAUCCUACCUGCUUCCUACCGAUGCGCGAAAUGUACAUAUGAAUUACAACAAUUCCGUUAAUAAAGACAGCUCUU